UCUGUCCUUGUUCUUGCUGUUCUCCAGGGAAACUCUCUUUUGUUCCUGCCCAACGUUCUGAAGGUCUACCUGGAGAAUGGCCAGACCAAGGCCUUCAAGUUCGACCACACCACCACCAUCAAGGACAUCAUGAUGACUCUGAAGGACAAGCUGUCCAUCCGCUCCAUCGAAUACUUCUCCCUGGCGCUGGAGCAGCAGUACAGCAUCAACAAGCUGCUGUUACUGCACGAGGAUGAGCUCAUCCAGAAGGUGGUGCAGAAGAAGGACUCCCAUGACUACAGGUGUCUGUUCAGGGUGUGCUUCAUGCCCAAGGACCCUGUGGUCCUGCUGCAGGAUGACACCGCUGCCUUUGAAUACCUCUUCCUACAGAGCGUGGGUGACGUUCUCCAGGAGCGCUUUGCCGUGGAGAUGAAGUGCAACACAGCUCUGCGUCUGGCCGCGCUGCACAUGCACGAGAGACUGGACAGCUGCGGACAGACCCGGACCUCCAUUAAGAGCAUCAAGAAGGAGUUUGGUCUGGACAGCUUCAUCUCGCCCACGCUCCUCAGCAACAUGAGGGAGAAGGACCUGACCAAGGCCAUCAGCUACCACCUCAAGAAGAUCCAGUCUCUGAUGGAGCCGGGCCAGAAGGUGAUCUCUGCCACCCAGGCUCGUCUGGCCUACCUCAUCCAGCUAGGAGAGCUCAUCUCCUACGGGGGGCGCUCCUACAACGCCACCCUGAUGCUGCAGGACAGGGAGGCCGUGGUCAGUCUUCUGGUGGGGGCUCGCUACGGCCUGAGCCAGGUGGUAAACCACAAGCUGAACAUGGUGUCCACCCUGGUGGACUUCAGCAGCAUCAGCAGGGUGGAGCUGCUCUCCGAGUCGGACCGAGUCAGUCUGCUGAGGAUCUCACUGCACGACAUGAAGCCAUUUGCCUUACUCAUGGACUCACUGGCAGCCAAAGACCUGGCCUGUCUGCUGGGGGGCUACUGCAAGCUCCUGGUGGACCCCAAUGUCAACAUCUUACGUCUGGGGCGCCCCAAAGUGCGGGUGCACCGGAUACCGGCAGAAGAAGGUGUGUGUGGGAAGUUCGCCGUUAUAGAGGGAGUGUGCUAUGAGUCGCUGACAAGUUACGUGUCCCGGUGCUGUAGCGACUCUGAUGACACGUCAGACGAGGACUACCCAGUGGAGCAACCGGCCAGCCGCAGGCGGUCAGCAGCAGGCGGUAAGGAGCGAGACCGGGAGGCCUGGAGGAGAGAGGGGGAGCACGCCCGGGGAGAGAGCAGAGGGAGGGAGAGAGAGCGAGAGAAAGAAGGCCAACAGGAAGUGAAAAUCAUCGUGACGGCGGACGUGGGCAACGAGGGAGGCGACGAGGAGGAGGAGGACGAGGAGAAGGGGGCGACAGGAAGUCAGGCCAAUCCAGACCAGGAGGUGAAGCUGGAGACCAACUGGUACCACACGGACCCACGGGUCAACAGCAGCUUCUCCAGUCUGUCCAGCGGAUCCCUGAGUGCCGCCCUGGAGGAGAGCAGCGGUACGGCCAGAGGAGACCCUGCCGUGGCCCUCUCCCGCCUGGAUGCCAUCCGCGAGGGGGGCUCUGCCCCGUGGACCCCUCGCCCUGCCGAGGGGCCCUCCAGCCUGGACGUCCACCACCCCUUCCUCCUGGAAGUCCCUCCCUCUCCACAGCGCCACAGAGAAAACUCGUCCGACCCAGGAAGCCAGGCGGCAGGCGCCGGUUCAGCCCCCGCCCGGCCCACCAACCUGAGUUACCGGGGCAACGACAGCUCGUGCCUGUGCUUCGCGGAGCUCUCGCAGGCGGACUUCCUCCCGAGCCCCCCCGAGGCCACCAGCGACGAGGAGGAGGAGGAGGACGAGGAGGAGGAGGAGAGGGAGGCAGAGCUGAGACGCAUCACCAAGAUCCCCAGUCACAGAGACCUGAGGCUUGUGGACAGCAUGCCUUUCCACAGCGCUCUCAGCAGCGGCAACGCCCAGAGACUCCUACCUAGAAUCCCUCAGCACCACGCCUCCUGCGACAACCAGGGGCCCGCGUCUCGACAGCGCCACUCAGCGGACGAGGAGGGACUGUUCCUAACGCCCUCCCCGAACCCCAGACCUCCCCACAGAGAAAGCUGGUCCGAGUCCGAGGAUGAGUUCUUCGAUGCGCAGGAGCGCUUCACCCCUCCGGUCCCGGAGCACCUCACAGAGAACUCUUUGGAUGGCGCAGACAGGAAGCACGGCAGUCGGCACAGUGUCCAAGGGAACGGGCUGCCCUCCGUCCCCGAGAGCGAGCCUUCGUCGCCCCUUCCCAAGAGGCCUCCUCCAUCCCCCCCUGCUCCGAAGCAGGGGAGCCCCCUGCCCCCCGGCCCCCCGACCCUGCCCUCCCAGAGAGUCGAAGCAAAGGCCAAACCCCCACCGCUGCCCCCCAAGCCCCCUCUGGCCCCCAAGCCUCAGAUGGUGCCGCCCCGCUCCCCCCAGCUCCGCAGGGCCCCGUACGCCCACUGUAACGGCGACGCGGGGGGGCACCUCUCCAGCGAGCUCCUGGAGAUGGAGCCAGACACCAUGGAGUUCAAAUCUGUCACCUCCGGGGCAGGGGGGAUGCCCAUAUCCUCCCCCCUCAUCACAGCCGUACGGAGCAGCCAGCAGGCUCUCCCUCCACCGCGACACCCCACCACUCUGGAGAACGGGGCCAGGAAGGAGAAUGAGCCCGGCAAGCAGGAGAAUAGGCCUAGCAAGCAAGAGAACGGGCCUAUCCCUGCAAAUGGACCUAAACCUGAGAAUGGACCUAAGCCUGAGAAUGGACCGAAACCUGAGAAUGGACCUCAUCACAAGCUUCUAAGAGACUCUGCUCAGAUCACUGGUGACAAACAAACACCCGAGGCUGAGACGAAAACGAACGGGGUUCCCCUGCCCAAGGUGGAGGGGCAAAAGGGCAUAAAUGGGGGUGACCGGGUGGCUUCGAUUCAGAAAAAACUGAACCUUUCUCUUUUUCCACGUUCGGCUUCUGGAGAUGACCUUAAGUUAUGUCUCACCAUCCCCCCAUCCCACUCGCCCAAAACCUCUCCCUCGUCGCUCCACCCCUUAUCCCUCCCUGCCAGCUCGCCCGUCUCGCCCCAGGAACCCCUGGGCUCCACGAAGGGGUUGCCCAAGGAGGGCGUCAGCCCCCCGAACGGCCUCCACCCCUGGGGCAGCCGCAACGGCAGCGUACCAUCCGGCAGGCGGGUCUCCCUCAGCCACGAGAGCCUCUCCCCCAAGAGCACAGAACCCCCCGCCUGCAUGACCACCUCACUCACCUCCUCCUCCAAGUCAGGGGUGGGGGAGCCGGGGCGCUCCGGUUCUGGGUCUGACCUGAGGGUCAGCUCCUCCAGUCUGGGGGGCCGGCUGCCGGCGUCGGCCCUCCGCGGCAGGAUCCAGGCGCUGCCCUGGUACAUGACCCGCUCCCAGGAGAUCCUGGGAACCUUGGACUACCCCUCCUCCAGCUCCCUGAACGGAGGAGACACCUCCGGGUUCGGCUCGGGCCUGUCCGUCCUGUCGGUCAGCGUGGCGUCGGACUCGGGAAAGAGCGCAACGGCGGCGGUCAAGGAGACAGAGACGGGGACCAGGAGGGAUAAAGGGAAGGCAUUGGAGGACGGGGCCGAGGUCGUCAUAGCGACCAUCAAAGAAGCUCAGGAGGUGACCCCGCGCGGGAAAGAGGCCCAGGGGAUGGACGGCUCGCAUCCCGGCCAGGGUGCGACGGAGAACGGGGCCCCUGGGGAGGGGAAGGUCUCGGGGCCUUAUGGGUUCCUGGGCUCCUGUAAGUCCGAGCAGCCCCAAUCGCGACCCCACUCUGAGGUGGGGCUGGGCGGGGUCUCCGGAGGGGGUUUCCCCUUGGGGGCCGACUCCCCGUGCUCGUCCAUGGGAGAGGACACUCCUCCCCCCCCGCCGCACCACGAGGCCUGCGGCUGCCGCACCGUGUACGCCAACUGCUUCACUGGCGCCGGCGAGGACGGCUGCGGCUUCGACGAGGAACUCACCAUCUACGAGUUCUCCCGCCGCACGCGGCCCGCCGCCAAGCCCGCACGGCCCACCCCGGUUCCCUCCCCCACCGCCCCGUCCCCCAACAUCCUGUCCCUGCUCCGGGACACGCCGCGGCCCCUGUCCACCCUCUCCACCGCCUCCUCGGAGCUCAGCCCCAUGCUCUCCCGCCCCGUCUCCCCCACGCCCCCCGCCGCUGGCGCCCUGCUCUCCCUUACCAACAAGCGCUACGGAGGGCUGAAGGGGGGCUUCGCUUCGCUGCGGCAGGACAUCGACCAGCUGAUGCUGUUGCUGGAGAGGGGCACGGCCGACCCUCCACCCCCACCAUCAUCAUCAGAGCCGGCCGAGACCGACGCGCGCCACGAGGAGAGGACAGACAACGGACUUGCCGUCCCCAAUUCGUCCAAUCACCUCCAGGUACCGGAGGGAGGAGGAGACUUCCCCGGUUGCGGAGGGGCCAGCCCCGCGCCCUUGUCGGAGGCCGAGCGGAGUCUGCUGCAGGCGGAGGCGCGGCGGCUGGCGUCGGGGUGCCAGCGGGCCACGCGGGUGGGCUGGGCGCCGGACGAGGCCCUCCGCUCCCUGUCCAACAGCUUCGGCGCUCUGGUGCAGCUCUCCGCCGCCUGCCUGAGGACGCAGCCCUGCCCUGGGUGUGGCGUCUGCCUCCGCGGGGCGCCUCCUUGCCCCCUGGGGGAUGGAAGUGAGGGAGAGUCCUGUCAGGACGAGGAGGCUCUGGAAAAGCUGAAGGAGAUCGUCGGGCUUUACCGGGAGUUUGUCGGCGUGGUGGAGACGGCUGGGGCCGGGGUUGGGGCGGCUGGGGGCGGCGGAGGAGGGGCUGGGCCGGGGCAGGGGGAGGGCGAAGGGGUGAGGAUGCUGGCUAAACGCUGCACGGUGCUGAUCUCGUCGGUGUUCACGCUCACGCAGCUGUUCCGCAUGCGCUCGCCGGACGCAGGGGACCCGGCGGGUCACGUACCUCUUCACUUCUGACCUCUGACCUCUGAAAACCCCUUGGCCAUGGCGACAUCGACAUGCCGAGGGGAGGACCUUAGAAAGGAGGAGGAGGAGGAAAGGGCUGUGGAUGUGUUGGUUCCUUAGCACAGAGGGAUUUGGUGUGUGUCCCUAAAUAGAACACAUGCUUGUACUGUUAGUGCCAUGCACACCACUACAGACCGCACACACACACACACACACACACACACAGACACACACCAAAACAUAUCCCUAAAAGGAAGAAAGGAACUCCUUCCACUUGAAUUGACUGCCAUUGCUAGGCCUCCUGAUGGACUUACCAGGACUAUGCAUUUGUAAAUAGGAAUUUUAUAACUAUCUUACAACUCUUAUUUUAUGAUACAUGUAUGUAUGAAUUAUACAUGUCUGUAUUUAUUUUUACAAUGUUUGCACACCCUGGUCUGUGGAGGUCUCUACUCAAAGGCCAAGAGGAUGUCACUGGAUGUUUCCGUCAGUUUCUUGGUAUGUCAUGCGAUUUGUCUACCUCCCCCCUUAUUGGCUGGUCUUGGCUGAGGAAAUGAAACUGUAUUAUUGACAUAUUUUGCAGCUUUUUAUCAAAAGUGCAGUUUGUAACUGUACUGCGUAUUUUCCACAGCAACAACUAGAAGUUUACGUCAAAUAGAUUGGGAUCAAUGAGAAAACAAACAAAAUAUUUUGAAAGACACAUGAUACAAGAGCAGCAGGUUUCAAACUGUACUUUUAACAGAAAGUAAAAACUUUCAUUUUUGAACGGUACAAUUCUGUUCAGUUUAUAGCUAAUGACUAACUACUCGUGUGUGAAUGCUUGUAUUGAAACCCCCCUCACUAACCCCUUAUAUGUUUAUGCAGUAAUAUAUAGAAAAUCAACUCCAAGUCCAAAUGAGGCAUUUAUGGUUUUUAGAAUGGGCCGUGAAAAAGGCGGGAAGUGACUCCAUUUGGUAUUUUAUAACCCAUUGUUUAAAAAGUCAUGGACGAUUAAUGCACAAGGCUGACUGUUAUGUUUAACUUGGGCUUGAAGCAACUACCCAAAGUGUAACACAGAAACACCAUUUGAAUUCUAUACCUCUCUGCCAUGUUCCUGAACACAGACAAAUUGACUUCCUGACUAAUUACGUAUGUUUUAAUCAGAACUGUAGAUAUACAUUUAUAUCUAUUUGUCUGUGUCCAGUUCUGUAUCUUGGUUAUUUAUGGCUAUGCAAACUUAAAGUAAUUACCUCUCUUUCCCACAUACAGUAGCCACUAGACUAUCAUUAAUUUCUUAUUAUGUUGUAUUAACAUAAAACAUCUGAAAAUCAGAAACCUGACACAGAGCGCUUCCCAAGGAAAUGAAAGACGAUUAGAUAGUUACAUUUCUUACUUGGAACUGUGUCCUGCAUGAUGUGUAAGUGUUUCUUAGCAAUGGGGCAACAUAGGUCAACAUCAGGUGUUCUUCCGACAUUCAGUUUACUGUAGAAAGGUUCCUUUUACGACUGAAUACUGUUCUGCCUUUGAUAUUUUGAUAUUACUGUUAUUUUCAUGUUACUGGUCAAGCUGAACCAAGGCAAAUCAUGUAGCAUCAGACCCUUAACGCACCCUUCUUUCCAUUAAACCUCUUCAGCCAUGAGCGGAGGGAGACUUUUCAUCCUCUGACACGAACAGUAGGAUGAUGCUGUCAUAUCCCUUUUAGCUAUGAACGAAAUCCACCAACAAAAGUAAACACAUUGGUUAAGUAGGGAUUUAAUCCCAGCCAAGUCAACACUGGCUCGUAACAAAUGCCUGAUUUCACAACGUUAGAAAUAGUAUUUUAACGAGUGACUUUGCAACAAAUGUUGUACAGGAAGACAUGUUAUGUCUUGUCAUGUCGUUGAUGGCCUUAGCAAACACGAAGAGGAAACCAGAGUAACCGUUUUAGAUCUUCCAUUUCCUACUGAUGUGUCCUACAAGUUGUCCUGUAUUUAUACCCACUGUAACAUUGUGGUGUAAAGCGUUUAGCCGUUUCAUAUCAACGGAGCUGCAGUUGACGGUUCCUUCCUGUGUAGCACUAUCUAUUCAUGGGUUGUAGACUUGAAUUCACAGACCACUGGAGUGUUGAAGUCUCUGUCUCUCGUAGCAAUUGUUUCAAUAGCAAGAAACCUCCCUGAAUCCAUGUUUAUUUUUAAACUUGUACAUUAAUGGACAGACUUGGAAUCACUUCCCACCUUGAAUUAAUUCAUAUUAAUUAACGUAUUGUUUGGAAAUAAAUACAAUGCAUAGUUCUCAUAUUUGACGUGCUUUGUGCUCAAGGUUAAUUUAUAUUUUGGGGGGUCAGAGAAGGAAUGACCAAAUUUAGUACUGCAUAAAAUGCAAGCACAUUUCAUUUUCAGUAAAAAAUGUAUGAAUAGAACCGGGACUAUUCAUUUGACCAUAAGUUGAACCUUGAGGUAAAUAUUUGAAGAGCAAGCAGCAGAGCUGAGUUGAACUGGUUCCAAAACUGGAUGUCCUUCCCACCUGCAAAUCAGGUAGUCCGCCGUGUGAGAUACCACAGAACACAUGGUACCACGGAAUUCUGCAGAACGACCUUUCGAUGACAACUCUUUUUUUUGUUUGGUUGCAAAGACAAAGAAUUGAAGUAACAAAAACCCAUUCAGGAGGUUUCCACAGUCAAAAUUCUCAAAUAGGUCACACAGCUGGUCAGUGGAAGCAUUAAACCUUCCUCAGAAAAGCACUCCGAAAUAAAAUGCCUGAUUCAACUGAGCUGCCAGACAACUUCCUGUUCAGUAGAACUCAUUCCUCUUCGGUCCCAAGUCCCUCUGACAGAUUGCCCUUAAUCUGAUCGGUCUUCCCUGUCUGACUUGUCAGCCGUGACCCUGAGGUUUCAGACCCCUGGCUGUACCAGGACCUCGGCCAGACGAACAGCCUUCGUACAAAUCUUCCCAAGAUUAAUCCUGUGCCAGUUGUCAAAUGGGCACUGGGCUAACUGCCAAACUAGACUGCAGCUGAAAUCCCCAUAUUCCCCAAUGCGUGUACAUGCGUACAUUUUCGAGACACACAGCUUUUGUUUUCAGGAAGUUAUGAUCUGUCAACAGGCUUUUAUCACUUGCCGACCGAAACGAUUUCCACUUGGGAAGAAUCGGCAGCCGAAAAAGAAUUGACUUAAAUGAUUGAUUGCAGAUGUUUAUAACGAAAGGUACCGGAUCAUUGGUCCAUUACAACCUAGUGCUUGGCAGUCAAAUGAAUAAUAUAUAUGUAAAGUACAGAGUGACUUUCAUGCCAUGGAGUAAACCAGUUCAAAUAUAGUUUCCAGGGAUGUCCUUCCCUCUAGGGCACAGUAAGAGGUAUGCUUCAGCUUUCAUAUCCUAGUCGUAUAACCAGAUAUGAAGGAAAUAUCUCACUCAUCCAGUUCAAGUAGCCUCACAGCCUCGAGCUGGAGGCUCCUCAUGCCAUAUAUGGAAACAGAGAUGACCUAUGGCCUUGGUACGACAGGUGCCAGGCCAACAACCAAUCCCGUGAGUUAUGUGUCGUGACUGUUCAGGGCAGAAUGCUGAAGGUUUGGUUCAGUUGUAAGACAUGACUCAGAGCGAGAGAGGUGUGGUGUUUGCUGUCAUGACAAUGUUUGCUGACAUAAAAUAAUGACACCCACACACUUUCAGAAGCGAUUCACUUUUAUAAAACAUUCCAAUGUCUAAUUACAAAAAUAUACAUUUUCCCCAAAUCAUUGAUAGCCAUUAUGGGUAUUAAAUGUCAAAAAUUUACAAUUAACUAAUUAGAUAUAGAAUUUUCUACAAAUAAGCCUGUAAUAGCUCUUUAGCCACAGGAUGUCUGAUUCCUUAAUUUCAAGGUUUUUCACCUGUGGUGAGACCUAUGCACCUGUGGUACAAAUCUUUCAAAAACGGCAAUAAUAAUUACAUACAAUCCACGUCAUUUCAUGUUUGAUGAGUCCCACUUCACAGGAACGAAUGAUCAAAGUCAUUCUUGUGAAAUCAAAUACCCAAACCCUAGAGAAUCUGGACUGGUCUUUAGUGACGGAUAGGAACAGGACGGCCCGCGAAUAAAGAACGGCAGCUCUGGGCUUCUCCCUCUUCUCUUUCAUCAACAUUUAAUAUCCCCUGCUCAUUUUCCUACUCACUACUGAAGUGCCAUCGCUCCAUCUUCUAGCUCUCUCUGUCUCUCUCGCCCUCUCUGUCUCUCUCUUGCCCUCUCUGUCUCCCUCUUGCCCUCUCUGUCUCUCUCUUGCCCUCUCUGUCUCCCUUUUGC